CCUAAAACCCUAAAGCGCCAAGCUUUUCACUCCCGUCGUAGUCGUCGUCGUCGUCGUCGUCUAAGCUCGAAUCCUGAGAUCUCUAUAAUCGCAAAUGGAGUUCAGUUUUUCUCCCAAGGCACUAACCAACACCAAAACUCCUUGCUUCGGCGUUAUACCCACCACCGGAACACUCUUAAACCCACCAAAACCACUCUGCUUAGCUUCUCAUCAUCACCCGCUUCCCACAGUAUCAUUCUCUCUCUCUUCUUCUUCUGCUGGUUCUCUCAAGCUAACGACUUCGAGAAAGGUGGUUGCAGCAAUGGCCGCGGGAAGCUCAAGAGACUUGGAGCUGUCGAGUUUAACGGCGUUAUCGCCUUUGGACGGACGUUACUGGGGAAAAGUCAAGGACUUGGCUUCUUCCAUGAGCGAGUUUGGUUUGAUCUACUUCCGUGUACUUGUCGAGAUCAAAUGGCUUCUCAAGCUUUCGAAAACUCCUCAAAUCACCGAAGUUCCAACCUUUACCAAAGAAGCCGAGGCCUACUUGCAAGGCAUCCUCGACAUGUUCAGCAUGGACGACGCCUUGGAAGUCAAGAAGAUCGAGAGAGUCACCAACCACGACGUCAAAGCCGUCGAGUAUUUCUUGAAACAAAAAUGCGAAUCACAUCCUGACCUCGCUAAAGUCCUCGAGUUCUUCCAUUUCGCUUGCACAUCCGAAGACAUCAACAAUCUCUCCCACGGUCUCAUGCUUCGAGAAGCACUCGCCUCCGUCAUACUCCCAUCCAUGGAUGACCUCAUCGAGUCCAUCUCCCUCAUGGCUAAGGAGUUUGCGUAUGUCCCCAUGCUCUCACGCACUCACGGACAGCCGGCUUCGCCUACGACGUUAGGGAAGGAGAUGGCGAUCUUCGCGGUGAGGUUAAGCGAAGAGAGGAGAUACCUUGCGGAGACCAAGAUCAAAGGGAAGUUCGCAGGUGCUGUUGGGAACUACAACGCUCAUAUCUCGGCUUAUCCCGACAUCGACUGGCCUAAUGUUGCAGAGGAGUUUGUGACUUCUCUCGGUUUAAGUUUUAACCCAUACGUCACUCAGAUUGAGCCUCACGACUAUAUGGCUAGGCUUUUCAACACGAUCAGCCAGUUCAACAACGUCUUGAUUGAUUUCGACAGAGAUAUAUGGAGCUACAUAUCUCUAGGUUACUUUAAGCAGAUAACCAAAGCCGGUGAGAUCGGAUCUUCUACGAUGCCUCACAAAGUGAACCCUAUUGACUUUGAGAACAGCGAAGGGAACCUUGGGAAAGCAAACGCUGAGCUUUCUUUCCUCAGCAUGAAGCUUCCUGUUUCACGAAUGCAGCGUGACUUAACUGAUUCGACUGUCUUGAGGAACAUGGGUGGAGCUUUAGGACACUCUCUUCUUGCUUACAAGAGUGCGAUACAAGGAAUCAGGAAGCUUCAGGUUAAUGAAGCUCGGUUAAAAGAAGAUUUGGAUCAGACUUGGGAAGUCCUCGCUGAACCAAUACAAACUGUGAUGAGGAGAUAUGGUGUUCCAGAGCCUUACGAGAAGCUGAAGGAGCUAACAAGAGGAAGAGCUGUGAAUGAAGAAAGCAUAAGAGAGUUUAUCAAAGGUUUGGAUUUGCCUGAAGAAGCAAAAACUCAGCUUUUGAAGUUGACUCCACACACAUAUGUUGGUGCUGCUGCUGCAUUGGCUUUGGCCGUUGAUGAAGCUUUGCACUUUGGACAUUGAUGAUUUGAUCAAAUUGGUGAUAUCAAGGUGUGAUGUUGUAUUAUUUAUUAUUCGUCUCUUUUCCGAACGAAUGGGGAUAGGAAAACAAUAGUCAAUUCAUAGGUUGAUGACUUUUUACGUCGUCGUUUUUAAAUGGUGAGAAUAAUCUUGUACUGUUGUUAUGUUUCAGAUUUUGACAUCAUCAGAUAAUCCAAUCCACUCUCUUUUGAUCUAAUCUUGAAUUAUAAGUUGUGGCCCUGUUUAUUUAUUUAUUUGUAAAUCAUAUCGUUCAAUGA